AUGCCAGAAGACUCAGCGAAGAAGGCUCCAUCUGGAGACCAUUCAAGCUCUCAGUCUCAAACAGACAAGGCAACAUCUAGAGCAGCCCAAGUCUCAGACCACCUCUCGCCUCCCCAAGACAACAAACCCAACAAAGGCCGCCGGCGACGAAAAGUCAAAGACGAUGAACUUCCCGCCGACUACAGCGACCUCCUGGGUCAAAUGCGCACAAUGCGUCGCAUGGCCAACACACCGGAUACCACCAAAACGGGCUACAUCCGUCAGAAGGAAUCCGGCAAACUCUGGGUCCGCGAACGCAUAACUCUUCUCCUGGACAAAGGCUCUUUCAAAGAAGUUGGCAGCGUCGCUGGCCACGUCAAGUGGAAACCGCUCGGUGGGAUCAAGGAGGAACCUGAGGAGUUUACUGCAUUCAACAAUCUCCAAGGAUUUGGCAAGUUGCGUGGGAGGCAGAUUGUGUUUACGGCUGAUGACUUUUCGAUUCGAGCGGGACAUCAGGAUGGGAACUUGAUGGCCAAGACGCUGUAUAUGGAGAAGAUGGCUAUUGCGUUGAAGUUGCCUAUGAUUAAGUUGGUGGAUGGGAGUUCGGGUGGCGGGUCGGUGUCGUCGAUUGCGAAGCAGCAGUUUUCGUAUGUGCCGCCGAUGCAGGGUUUUGAUACUGUGAUCGCGCAGCUGAAUAUGGGGAUUCCUAACCUUGGGGCUGUGCUGGGUCCGGCUAUUGGUUUGGGUGCGGCCAGAGUGGUGUGCUGUCACUUCUCAGUCAUGGCGGCUGAUGUUGGAUCGUUGUUUAACGCUGGCCCGAAGGUCGUCGCCGGUGCUACGUUCGAAGAAGGGCUGUCGUUCACAGAGCUGGGUGGUCCAGCGAUGCAUUGUACCAACGGGACGAUCGAUAACUACGCCGCCACUGAAGCAGAAGCAUUCGAGCAGAUACGGACAGUGUUGGGGUACCUACCCAACUGUGGAACACAAAUGCCUCCUGUGGUCGCCUGCGAAGACCCCUUCGACCGGGUGGCAGAGAACCUCCGAUCAAUCAUCCCCCGAAGACGAGAACGAAUGUACGACCCGCGCAAGAUCAUCUCAACCGUAGCAGACGAAAGCUCUUGGUUCGAAAUCGGAGCGCUCUGGGGCCGAACCGCGAUCAUCGGUCUUGCAAGACUUUCAGGCCGCCCGAUCGGUAUCGUGGCGAACAACCCUGAAGUUGGCUCCGGUGCGCUUGAUACUUUCGGCUCGCAGAAGAUCACCCGCCAUCUCAAGUUUUGCGAUGUCUUCAAUCUACCUGUGCUACAGUUCGUCGACUGUCCGGGCUACGCCAUUGGAACGGUGGCGGAGCGGACCGCGACGAUGCGGUGGGGUGUUGAGCUGGCUAAGGCGUACUACUCUACCACGAUGCCAAUGUUCCACGUCAUUGUACGAAAGGCGUACGGCGUGGCAGGCGGAAUAAUGGUCGACUGCCGAGAACCUCAUGCGCGUGUUGGCUGGCCGUCUGGUGAAUGGGGUAGUCUGCCGCUGGAAGGAGGAGUUGAGGUUGGCCAUUCCGCUGAGCUGAGGCAGAUCGAAAAGGACAGUGGUCCAGAAGCGAGGAAGGCACGACUGGAGGAGCUCGAUACCAUGUACAAGCGACUCAUGAACCCUGUGCGGACUGCGAACCACUUCAGCAUCGAGGAGCUCAUCGACCCGGCACGAACGAGGGAGGUGGUUUCAGAGUGGGCCAGGAUGCAGUACGAAAGUGUGCUUCCUGAACGAGUGAUCAAAAGGAUACACGGGGCAGUACAGCCAUCAUAUGCGUGA